GACGACCAGCUCGAUCAAGAAAACGACGACCAGUAACGACGGCAUGUUGGCGGCUUGGAGAGACUAAGAGAGAUCGAUCGACAGCUUGGAUGAGCGUCAGGGGAACGUUGCUGUCAUUGCUGUGUGUUUGGGUUGCUGGGCUCCUCGAGAACCCAUCCGAGCGUGAUGACGGAACUGCCAGCUCACACCACCCGGCAACGUGGUUUUGCCAGACGCCAGUCAUCGUAGGAGGGUUAGGGUAGACCAGACCUCCCCCUUCAACAAAAACGCCCAAUGCACCUCAUUGAACAACCCCCACCUUCCUGAAUUGUUGAUUGAGAUGAGCUCCAGGCAAGAACAACUUGAUUCCGACCAUGUCACGAGCUCUGGAUCAGGAAACAGCGGCCCUUCUAAAACGGGGAAGCCCUUUAGAAGCCUACCAGGCAAUCACGCACGCCCUAGCACCACCAGAUGAUGGCCUUUUGGAAAUCGAGAUCUUGGGCAAGACUCACUUUCUCGAGGAAGGCCAAUACGUUGUUCGGGAUGGGCGCGCCAUCGGCAUCUCGAAGCUAGGCCUUGUCCAGGCUUUCAUGGUUGCUAGGCAAAGACUGAGGGAGCAUAUUGAUGGGAUCAAACCGCAGACGGCAGACGAAGUGCUCGCAACGACGGGACUGAUUCUGCUCUUCGACCCAGAGUACCUCACGGCUGCCAACUCGAGGAAGCGCGUCAUUCAAGCCGAGAUAUCCAGCAGCGGGGCUGCACGCUCGAGUCUGGAGAAGGAAAAGCGGUUUCUCGACAGCCUGCUAACGAGCAGGCUGCACAGGCACACCAAGUCGCCCACCCUUUGGAGUCAUCGCCGCUGGCUCAUCACGACGUUGACAUCGGUUAACAUGCCGGUGGACAUCCUUGGCGAUAUCAGGGACGUUGUAUUUGUGGCAGGGGAGAGGCACUCACGAAAUUACUACGCCUGGUGUCAUGCGCGGUUUCUCGUGGGCUUGAGGAGAGAUAACCCAGCAGAAACAUUGGCGGCGGUGCAGGGCUGGUGUUUUCAACAUCACACUGACAUAUCUGGCUGGUCGUUUCUCUCUUUUCUCCUCAAUGCCGAGAAUAGCACGAACGCAGAGUCCGGCCGCGCGACGUUCACAGAGGUUCUUCACCUGGCCAGCUCGCUUCGGCUGGCUAAUGAGUCGGUGUGGGUGUUCCUGCGAACGCUUGCAGCCUCGCGGCUGGUUGGUGACGAGCAAUACUCCCAGUUCCUCGCCGUCCAGGCAGCCGUUCUUGAGACGUCAAAAACAACGGUAGACCAGACGGUGCUACGUGCUGCCGUGGACUGGUGCGAAGCGUACCGGCAACAAACACGCAUCGCAGGCGGUUGAUGCGAUAUCAACACAGAACCACCACGGCCGUAUGACAUCGCAGUUCAAGCCGUUGCAUGAAACACGUACGCUGAGGCCAACGUCCGAAGACCGUUGGCGCAG